GCGAUAUCACCAUCUCCUCUGAGCUCUGGUUUGUCAAACCGAGGGUGUGUAGCUAACUGUACCUGAGCAAACGUGUAUGUCACGUACUGUAGGAAAGAGGGGCAAUGAAUCGAAAUUGGACCAAGGCGCCCCUCUCGUGAUAUCCGUAUCCUCUGAAAUGCCGUACCAUACAGCUUUCGCAUCAAGAAUUACCUCUCCGGUUUGUUGGCUUCGGUGGUUUUGCAACUGAUGAAGAUUUUUUUUUUUUAGUGUUAUUUUAUUUUGAUGCCCGAUGCGCCCCUGUGGAUGUCCAUGAAUAUGUUUAUUCUGGUGCUCUGGUGUAGUGCGUGAGUCACUGUCGGCGCUGGCGAGCAGGAGUGGUUGUUGGGGCACGUUGUCAUGCAUUCCCCCUGAGCUCCGCGGCGCCUCCCUCAGUGGUGUGGUGGCAGGAUGCCAGUGCAGGCGGCCCAGUGGACAGAGUUCCUGUCCUGUCCCAUCUGCUACAAUGAGUUUGACAGCAGCGGCCACCAGCCCAUCAGCCUGGGCUGCUCUCACACGGUGUGUAAGACCUGCCUGCACAAGCUGCACCGCAAGGCCUGCCCCUUUGAUCAGACACCAAUCAGCACUGAUAUUGACUUGCUGCCGGUCAACUGCGCCUUGCUGCAGCUGGUGGGAGCUCAGGUCCCAGAGGUCCAGCCGGUGAGCCUGAGCAGUGCAGCCGAGAUUGAGCACUAUGAGGUGUGCAGGGUGUGUGUGGAAGAGCUGGCACUCUACCUGAAGCCUAUCAGUGGAUCAAAAGGCGUGGUGACACUGAGUCCGAGUGUGCUCAGUCGGCCCAUGCAGAGGAAGCUGGUUACCAUGGUGAACUGCCAGCUGGUGGAGGAGGAGGGGCGUGUGCGGGCGGUGCGGGCAGGCCGGUCGCUAGGGGAACGGACAGUAACAGAACUGAUCCUCCAGCACCAGAACCCCCAGCAGCUUUCUGCCAACCUGUGGGCAGCUGUGCGGGCGCGGGGAUGCCAGUUUCUUGGCCCUGCUAUGCAAGAAGAUGCACUGAAGCUGGUUUUACUGGCUCUGGAGGAUGGCUCAGCUCUGUCCAGGAAGGUGCUGGUUUUGUUUGUAGUCCAGAAGCUGGAAGCCCGGUUCCCCCAGGCCUCCAAAACCAGCAUAGGCCAUGUGGUGCAGCUGCUAUACAGGGCUUCCUGCUUUAAGGUGACUAAGCGUGAUGAGGACUCGUCACUGAUGCAGCUGAAAGAGGAGUUUCGUACGUACGAAGCUCUGCGGAGGGAACAUGAUGCUCAGAUUGUGCACAUCGCCAUGGAGGCCGGCCUGCGCAUCUCACCUGAACAGUGGUCCUCUCUGCUGUACGGAGACCUGGUGCACAAGUCACACAUGCAGUCCAUCAUUGACAAGUUGCAGUCUCCAGAGUCGUUUGCUAAAAGUGUCCAGGAACUGACAAUCGUUCUCCAGAGGACAGGAGACCCUGCCAAUCUCACCAGCCUUAGACCACACCUAGAGCUGCUAGCCAACAUAGACCACAAUCCAGAUGCACCACCACCGUCGUGGGAGGAGCUGGAGAGUGUGAUGCUGGCCGUGAAGCUGGUGGUUCACGGACUGGUGGAAUUCAUCCAGAACUUCAGCAAGAAGAGCCACGACACUCCACAGCCCCAAGCCAACAGCAAGUAUAAGACCAGUAUGUGUCGAGACCUGCGCCAGCAGGGUGGCUGUCCCAGAGGAACCAACUGUACAUUUGCACACACACAGGAUGAGCUAGAGAAAUUCAGACUGAGGAACAAGAAGAUCAGCAACGCGGGCCGUCCCUUCCCUUUGGCACAGGGGGUUCUGGGUAAAACCUUGACCGUAGAGGGAAGCAUCCACACGCCGGAUGUGCCGGUGGGCGUGGGGCAGGGUGUAAAGGGAGCAGGGGAGAAUGCAGGGACCGUCCUAACAGAGGGGGUCCCUGUCCUGUCUCACCCCCAGCUCAUCUCCAGAGGGGCUGACAUGAUGGAGGAGAUUAAGAGAGCGGUACCAAAUGGAUCAAACGGGGCUAAUGGGUCCAACGGGCUGUCUGGCAGCGGUCGAACCGGCUCGGGGUCAAUGGAACAGAAGCCCAUCUCUCCUCCCAGGACUCCGGUCAGCCACUCCUCCACGUCAUCUCCCCUGACAGCUGCCCGGCGUGGGGAUUGUGGCGCUCCUUUGCCCAAACACGGUCAGUUCCUGCUGCGACCGCCACAUCCUUCUCAGGCGUCAGAGCUUUACUAUCAGGAGCCCCACUCUGCGUAUGACGCGGCGCAUUAUCAGCCGACCUCAGGUUCCUAUUACCCGUCCACUCUCCAUCCCUCCCACAAGCCCUGCAUGGCUCGGUUCCUCAGAUCUUCCAAUGUCCCAGAAUCCUCCUUGCCGCCUUCCAUUGGCCCUCCACCAUCAUCCUACGCUAACGAUCCUCAAACGCCGCACCCUUCGUCGUCCUCUUCCUCUGCUUACCCGCCACCUAGAGAUCGGAUGGGACCUCCUCCGUAUCAUUCCCACCCAGGGCAGCCUCAGUACGGGCCCCUGGCCCCGGCACAUGGUGUCUACGCUCCCCUGUAUGACAGCAGGAGAGUAUGGAGACCUCAGCUGUACCACAGAGAAGAUGCGCGGAGUAACUCACUGCCCCCAGAGGUGCUGCACUCCUCUGUCUACCAGCCUCCACUCAGGGAGAGAUUCAACUCUCUAGAUAGCAACUAUUGCUCUGGGGCCGAACACCGGACAGGGCUACACAGGGAUUAUGGCCGUGUUCCUCUCGGCUACGAGGAUCUGUUCAGAAGAAAGCAGGAACAGUGGACCCAUCAUCACCACCAUCACAACGCCAGCAGGCCCUCGCAGUCCUCUCCCAUCUUUACUAUUGACUUUGGAACAGAGCAUGUGGAGAGCAGCGGAGGUCAGUGUGUUGGGUGCAGGUUCAGAGGUGAGGAGAGUUUAGCCCAUUACUCUCCAUGGUCCUGUGGCACCAUCGGUCCUUGCAUCAGCCCCUUUGAGCCUGAAACACUCACACACAACUCAGCUCACUCCUGCUCAGAGCACUCGGAGUUGGACAGUAACGGAGGGGGAGGUGUAGGUAGCUGUGUUAGUGGUAGUGGUGUAGGGAAGCGAUGGCUGCAUUCCUUGGACCCCUACCGCCGCCUGAAAGACGAGGAUCCCAUCAUUCCCUUUGGCGAGGGGCCCAUUAUCUCCAAGUGGGGCGCCAUAUCCAGGGCUGCUCGCACGGGCUACCACACCACCGAUCCUGUCCAGGCCACAGCUUGCCAGGGCAGCGCCAGCACCACACCCAUCAACUUCAGAGACUAUAACCCCCACCUGGAUCACACUGACUACAAGUGGCGCUCCAGAGGAUCAGACUCUUCCAGCCACUCUAGCUUCUUGGAAAGUGAGCAGCUUUGUGCGCCAGAGCUGGGUAGCCGCCGGACGUCAAUGAGCGGAGAGAAAAUAGUGUCUGAUAUGCAGGCACAUAAAACCAGCUACAGCCAGGACCAGGAACUGGUCUGCCACCGGGCCGAGAGCGAACCAGAACCGGACCGAGACAUCGAGCUAGAACUUUGUGUUCUGGACAUGGAGGACUCCGACCACCAAGACAUCAAGUCCCAGGAGUCUUUAGACCUAGCCGCCCCUCAGUCUCAGGAUGCCUCCCACCUCCUCCCACCUCCCUGCUCCUCUCCACUCCUCCCAUCCCCCGUGGAGGAGCAUCCCCAAACAGAAGGUCCUUCGCCAGAAAAGAUGGACGCCCACAUGCUGAAAAAGAUGGCCUUCAGGAAGUCUCUGUCUCCAGGAGGGCUGGUCUCCGGAGGUCUGGGGGUCGGCAAGCUGGUGCUGCGGACUGGACCUCCUCGACUGGGGGACACCACCGCCCACGGCUGUCCUGAAGCCCCGGGGACAGAGAUGCUGCUUAAUGGAAGCUAAGGGGACACAAAGUCUGACACUGACCUGCACCGAACUAAAGUUGAGUCGUUUGCCUACACCAGAUCACGGUUAAAGGGAAUGCCAUUGAAUUCCAGCUUUUGUACUUGCUAGUCAUAUGCCCAAAACAAAGUGAGUCGACAUUCUUUACUGCCUCCUAGAGCAAAGGGUGAAAGAGACCACUUUGUCCUGCCCCCUAAGUGGUGAUUUGCAUCAAUGUACAGCUCCACAGAGAAUUUAUUCAUACUCCUGUUUAUGCCCAUAAAGUGUAUAUGAGUGGUUUGCCCACAGAUGCUGAACUGGAGUCAGAUUUGGAGUUUCCUGUAACAUGGUUAAAUUUAGGGAGCACCUUCACCUGAUGGGUUUUCACUUGACCUUCAUAUGACAUGCUCCUGGGCUUUACACAUCAUCCUCAUCGUCUUGACAAACACCUGCCUCAUACUGCUUUUACUUUAUAAGCAGCAAUGAAAUAGGACCGUUGUCAGCCGCACCCAUGUUCACAUGCAUCCACUCACAUGAUAUUUGCACAGAUCCUGUUGGAUUUGCUUGUUUCAAACAAAGAGCGUUGCACAAAGCUGGCAACACCAGGCAGACUGCUCAUGUUUAAUAGUCAAAAGGUCCAUGCAGUUUUCAUAUGAUCCGUCAGGCAGCAGAAGUCUCUGGGUGAGAACAUCUUCUUCAGUCAUGACACUUUCAGCUUACUUCAGGUUUUGCCUUUCAUUUCCUUUGUGUCAUUAGCUUUUAUCUUAGUAUGGAUUCAUUGAACUGAGAUCCCAGGUUUUCUCAAUCUUUGCCCCAAUCCUUUGUUAUCUGUAAUAGCAUUAUAGUAUGGCAGAUUGUGCCAGCUCCUAUAACAGUGAAAACUUUAGAUUUCACUAAUUGAAACAUAAGCAAUGGUUGAAUAACUUUUUUUUAAACAAUAGUUGUUGUUUUUUUUCUUGAACUACCAUACCUAACCUUCAAGUCUUGACUCAACCGAUUCAGAAAUACUGAUCAAGCAGCCACUGAAUUUCCAGUGUUUGCUUUGGUGGGAACUGCAGUGCAUUUAUUAAUGAAUUGUCAUGGCCUGCUGAGCCUACAUGCUUAUAUAGUGACAAAUGAUUAUUCAAGUCUUAAAAAAUAAUUAUAUAUUCAUCACAAUAGUACAAGAACAGCAGAAGGUUUGAAUGUAGAAAAUGAACUGGCCUUUGGAGAAUGAGAGCUACACAUCAUGUAGACACCUUGUCAGGUCACUUAAUCCAUUUGUGGAUUGUUCUCUCAUCCUUGUGGUCUCAUAAAACCUUACGGCCUAAAUACAAAAGGUACUGAGUGUAAGCCGAGCUGAUCGUCACCAGAAAAGUCACUCUCCAGCUCUUCAUUCAGUUGUAUUCAGUUGUACUCUCUAAUAGAGAGUGCACAGCAGAGAAGAUCAUGUUUUAAAACUGAAGGAAAGCCUAUACCUCUUCAGAGCAUAAAUUAAAUUAUGGUCACAUUAUAGCUCAUCAUGUGUCAGAUGUUUGAUGUUCAGUCUGACAAACUGAAAGCAUUAAUCAUUGAAUGUAGAUCUGCAAAUAUGAAUUUGCCAAAGCUGGUUGAGAGUUAAUUAGUAGAAUAAUCAAACUGGACAUGAAAAACAUAGUGGCACUAUUAUCUUUUUUGUAAAUUAUGCCAACAAAUGAAUAUCUGGCAUUUACUGUUUGUGCAUUUCUGUGUCUCCGCAUGGCAAGGUAUUUGUUGUGUGCUGGGCUCCAAGCUGCCUACAUGCUCCCACAUAGCUUGAGACCACUGGUUUACAGAAAAGCUCUUUUUUUUGCAUUGCUACACAACACAUUUUUUAAAUUUAGUUCCCAGAAAUAUCAAGAGAUAGAGAUUACAAUAGUGGGAGUAAAAACGGGGAGAGUGCUGUUUCAAAGGCCCUCCCAACCCACCAAGGAAGAAAAAAAAAUAUCUGCAGAAAACAGAGGUCUGCACUCUGCUGAAUAAGACAAGCCUCUGUCUUUGUCCUUCUUAUGAAUCGCAUGAUCUUUACACUUUGACCUCCAAAUUCAGUCGUCUGUCAUGGGAUCACACAACACAAUGACACAGUCACAGACAUAGUCUGCAAAUGUUCAAACAGAUUUUAUUGGAGGUCAACAGUGAUGGCAACAAAGUGAAGUUGUGCAAGGCAUGGUUUGAUGACUGCACAAUACUGUGUAUUUGAGAGCAGUCAGAUUCGUAUUUACAUACAAAAAAUACUCCCUUCCUCACCUUUGCUGGAGUUUUUAAGAGCAAAACUUUUGGAAAAAGUGAAGUCAAGCUGAAAAAAAUAUUGUUUUAGUGCUACCUGUUGCGGUACUUGCAUUUAGUCCCGCUGACUAUAAAGGAGAAGUCCCACUGGCUUCACUGACGCACGCGCGCACACACACACACACACACACACACACACGUAUGCACGCACGCACACACACACACACACACACACACACACACACACACAUUAUUACUUAGGUUGUUUUGGGGACAUUACAUAGAGAGACUUUCCCCACCCCCAACCAUAACGUGCCUAACCCUAACUUUAACCACUCACCUAAAAAGCAGCUUUUUGCAAAUGGGGACACGGCUUUUCUCCCCAGUCAGACAAGCCAUCCCCAAUUAACUGGUCUUGAGUUUGGUGUGUGUCCCCAAAAGUAGUCAAAAACAGACCCACACCCACACACACACGCUAAUGCAUACAUUCACAUACAUGCAAUAUUGUGGCCUUUUCUCCUAGGUGUUCUAAAGUACUAAAAAUUUGACUCUCCAUGACUUUGGUCCAUGCUCACUGAUAAUGCAUAGUAGCUCCAUAGUAACAAGAGGUGUUACUAUGUUGCAUAAGAGUGUGACCUCAGAAACUGAACAUUGGAAAGUAUACUGAUGCAGGCCAAUGGCAUUUUCUGUGCACUGCAAUCCAAUCACACUUACGGGCAGUAUGUUUAGGGGUUGCGUAUGUACAAAAAACUCAGUGGUUGUACGUGACAUUUUGGUUUUAUGUACCAAGCUAAAGCUUGCAAAAGUGAGAGACAUCACUUUUUCUGUUUCUUCAUGCUUUGUCUUUUGUUUACUUUUUAAAAGUUUGGUUUGCUUUCUUUUAAGCAUUGCUAACUUCUGUGAAGUUGUUUGUCAAGGUAUUUUGUAUCAGGAUCUUUGUUAAUCUGGUUCUCUUUGUUAUAUUUUACACCCGAGAAGUGAAACCGAUCGCCUUGUCUAACGUUUAUCCAUGUUUGCUGUUCAUAAGACGUGCACUGUUGUUGUCCAAUACACUGUAAUUUCACCAAAGCCCAUUUCACUGUAAUUUUGUGUAAUGUGAGUGAUUUCCAUAGAAUCCAGCCUUGCCUCAUACCCUUUACGGAUCUGAGGCAGCUUGUCAUGUGUGACUCAUUCUUAACGACUACUGUAAAUGGCAUUAAAGCAUUUGACAAUUUUAAAUAUACAAUACUUAAAGUGAUGGAGACUCCUCUGUGUUUACACCUGUUCUAAAUCUUAUGAGAUUUGUGUAGAGUGAGUGGAACUGGGCUAAUAUUUGAAUAUUCGGAGAUCCCUCUUGAUCUCUCCUACCCUCUCACCUCAGCUACUUAUAAAUAAAAUGAUGAGAGGGAAGAAUUAACGUCUUUCCCCUCAGAUUAUAUCCUCAAUCCCAUUUUAGAGGAUGCCGCUGACAAUGACCUUAAAGAAAUCUGAGGAAUGCUUACAGAGUUUCAAGACACAACUUUUUGAAAGAGACAGAAAAAUGGAAUGAUGGACUGGUGACAUCUUCCAUCCAUUAUAUACUGGGAUAGAUACUCUCUCCUGUAGUAGAAAAUGAUCGAGCAGGCAGAGAGAGUGAAUGAGUGAAUAGCAAAAUUAUGUUUGCUAUCUUCUUAUUGAUGGACUGCAGAAGUCAAUGUGACUUUUUGUAUUAUUAUUUUUUGACGGAAGAGGCAAGAGCUAUUGCAAGGGUUGAACCGCUCCCUGUCAUUUAUUUAGCCCAGCUACCUGCUGUCGCUCUGCAUCUGUUUACAACUUCACCUCUGAAGUCAUGUAAUGCAAGUGCCAUAUGUUGUGUACAGUACAAUCAAUCCCUGCAAUUCAAGGACAUGUUUUCUUAUUUGCUUUUCAUAUUCUUCAACUAAAACCGUGGAAGGAGUGGGAGGUGAGGCGAGGCUUGAUCGAGUGGAGGAACAGAGUACUUCUCUUGUAGUUCUGGCUUGUUCCAUUAGAGGAAGCUAGAUCCUUGUCUGUCUGAAAAGCUCAGGGAAGACUUAUGUUGCUUAGUUACUUUGGCUAUUUGCAUAUUCAUCACUUAAAAUAUGGCUCAGUCUGUGGAGGUAUUUACAUGAAUUUAACUUGCUGAUAACAGACCCUUUCACACAGCUCAUACACGGGUCAAAGUGUGAUGCUGAUUAUAUUGUUUGCCAGUGUUUACCUUGCCAGUGUUUCUUUUGCCUUUCAGUAUCAAUAUUAGCUUUGCUAUUACUGUCCUUAUGGAAAGGGCUGGGGACUAUGUACGAACAGUAUUGUGAGUAUUUCAAGUUGAACUCCCAGUUUCCUUUUUAAGUGUCUAUGGAUCACUGCUGUAGUGGUUGAUUGCACUGCACUAAUUUCCACCUCAUCACUGCCAGCAGUUUUCAUGCACUCUGCCAGUGAGUGUGUAUCCCUCCCCCUAACACAUACACAUACACAUACACACACAACCACACCCACACACACACAUAUACACACACAGCCCUGCAUCCUGCGUCAUGCAUGCAAUAUAGUCCCUCUUGUGAUGGCGGAGGAGUAAUGACGAUUUUGUAGUUGUGAUACAACACACCCAGCGCUGUAAGAGUUCUGCACAUGCCCACUGUGUGGCCACGCCAAGUACUGAAGUUUGCCUGCAACAUUUUACUUGUUUGCUCAUGAAUUAUUGAUUAACAGAGAUUAUAUUAUUAUAUUAUAUAUUGUUAUUACCACAUUUGGUUGUUGUUGUGGUAUUUCCUUCUUGGUAUUCUAAGUCUGCUUCUUCAUUUUGAAUUUUCAGAAUUUGCUGAAACUGUUUGAAUUUUUUUAUUAGCCAAGAAAAUGUCUCAUUAUUCUAUCUUAUAUGGAAAAAAAAGCCUGUUUUGUUGAUUGUGGAACAUAUGACGGAACUGAUGUUUUCUGACUACUCAUGUCUGUAUUAGACAUUUUAUUUGCGAAUCUAUUGUUCGAUUGAAAUGUAAAUGAACUAUUAAGAGAUGGUACACAUCCGUCAUUGUAUACAGUCUGGCACCAUCAUUAGAUGGACUUAUAGUAUAGGCGCUCAUUUAUACAACAUGUGAUAAUCAGAUAUAUUUAAAUGUUUAAAUUAAUGGGACAGUUGUGUAAUGUUUCAGAAUGAGGAAAAUAAAAUCCUUAAGAGACAGCAUAUCUAAAAUGUCCCCAUAAUGAAUAAUACUGUUACGUAUUCCAUUUAUUUCCUUGGAAAUAUCACAUUGUGAAAGGUUUCCCUUUUACUUAUUGUACGGUAAUACAGGACAGGAAUAGGCUUAUUCUAUGAUGAUGAUUUAUGUGCUAUUAAUGAUUGAUGACUUGUGAUCAUGAUUUAUGGCUAAACUGUUUGAGUAUUGAUUGGUUUACUGAUUGACGGAUUGAUUCUUCUGUAUAUUUUCUGGUUUGUUCAUCUGUAUUACACUGAUUUACAGACAGCUUGGCCAAACAGCAUAGCAUUUUGCUUCUGUGUUGAACUGACAGAUGGAAUCAGAAGAAGGAGAUUUCAGCACUUGAAACUGCAUGCUACAAUAAAUGAUCAACAAACAAU